AUGGAAAACGAGUUCUACAAUGCGUUUGCUAGUCCAAUGACUGUUACUCAGAAUGCUUGGGAACAUACUAAAGUUCAAUAUAGUAGACCAGUUGAAAAUAAUAGAGUGAAACUUGCAAUUAGAGAUCUGAGUGUUGAAGAGAAAAAGAAAUAUAAAGAUGAAAAAAUGAUGGUGAGUCUAUUGCAACAUGGUAUUAAAGAAGACAUCUUGAUUCUACUUCAACACAACGAAAGUGCACAAUCAAUAUGGACAGAAUUAGAAUCAAAAUUUCUUGGUAGUGAUGAGAUGAUGAAGAAUAAAAAGUCACUUUUGAAGAAAGAAUUUGAUCUAUUCCGUGGUUUAAGAAAAAAAAUAACAAAAUAUUUAGCAAGGCAAGGUAAAAAAGUUGAAGAAGAAGUUUGUGAGAUAAAGAAGCAAGAUAAAGAAAUUCCAGUGUUUGAGGUUAAAAAAGAAGCUGUUGCAGAAAAAGUAACAGAAAGUUGUGAAAACUGUGAGAUUAUGAAAAAGCAAAACAGUGAAUUGAUUCACAACUUGAACAAGAUGAAAGAAUCAUAUGAUGUCUUAAAUAAAGCAAUGAAUCAAUACAACGAGUCAAGCAGUGAACAAGCUACAGCAAUGAAGACACUUAAAGGAGCAUACAUGAGACAGCUAGAUAGUGUUAGCUAUUACACUGAGAUGUGUGCUGAGCUUGAAAAUAAAUUGGAAAUUCAGAGAAUAGAAACCGAGAGAGUAAAUAGGAUCUACCCUAUAGUGGAAAGCAUGAAGACAUUUCAAGAAAAGACAUUUGAAGAAAAGAAGCCAAAAGAAAAAUCUGAAGAAAAGGAUUCUGAAACAAAAGAAGAUAUUGAAGAGAAGACUUCUGGAACAAGUGUUGAGAAAGAACAAAAGAGUUCGUUUUGGAAGCAGAUGAACAAAGAAUUCCUUGCUAAGAAGCAAGAGGAAAUGAAGAAGGAAGUUACUCAGAAGAAGAUGGAGACGAGAACCUGUUUCAAUUGUCAUAAAGUUGGACAUAUUGCUAGAAAUUGUUUAAAGGCGAUAAACACACAACAGGAAGUGUCUCUUAAACUAAAAGAAAAAGUUUUUGAGAUAAGUAAACCACCAACCAAAAGAUUCAAAGUUUUUGAAAACUCAACCUUUGAGGUUGGAGAAUGUUCGAAAAAGGUUUACAACAAGAAAGUUAAUCUUGACAAUCGCAAGUGGAUUGUUAAGAAAUCAAAAACUUUUGAUGUUGAAAAAUCCUUUAACCCUAAUGUGAAACAUAUUUUCGGGAAAAUGAUUGACGGUAAGGUCAAAGGGGUAAAGGAAUUCUAUGAGAAGAAGAUGGAAGGACAUUAA